AUGACCCAUCCUAUCAUUAUUGGUUCUAGCCUUGAUCUAGCAGCGAUAUUUUCUAUCAGUGUUGGUCGUCACUGCCAGAGUGAUGCAUUAUUCAUCCAAGGACUGCACAGCUCUAUAAAUAGGUCUCAACAGCUAAUCAAGCAGUACGCUGUACGCACAAUUGCUGUACAAAGUGAUCAGAUCAGAUGGAGAGCAAGCAGAGCUCUGAAGGGAAAAUGGUCGCACGGCAAAACCAUUCCGGUGAAGAACGUCCAAGCACUCGCCGAGAACGCGGCGGAGCUGACGCCGGAGGCCAUCCAGCGGUACAUCAGGCCGGAGUGCCCCGACGAUAUGGUUGCUCACCAUGGUGAGAGCAUUCCUGUGGUUGACCUUGGCAGGCUUAUUGAUUCCCAGACCUCGCAGCAGGAGGCUACCGUGCUCAAGUCUGCGUGUGAGGACUGGGGGUUCUUCCAGGUGAAAAACCAUGGAAUUCCAGAGACAGUUCUUGAAAACAUGAGGAACAACCUGGAGUACUUCUUCAGACUUCCCCUGGACGAGAAGAACAAAUUUGCUCAGCUGCCUGGAGACCUCCAAGGCUACCGCCAAGCGUUCGUCGAGUCGGAGCAUCAGACACUGGACUGGUGUGACAGGCUUUACCUGGUGACCCAGCCACCUCACGAUCGUGACAUGAGACCAUGGCCAACGACUCCUGUCAACUCCAGGGAAUCCAUUGAAUCCUACUCCUCUGCGGUGAUGAGGGUAACUCGAUCGCUUGUGCAGAUGAUCGCCAAAAACUUAGGUGUCGAUCUGGACAAAAUUAGAGAUACUUACGUCAGUCAGGCAUUAAGGAUGACCUACUACCCUGCAUGCCCCGUUGCUCAUGACAAGGUUUUAGGUAUUUCACUGCAUUCCGACAUUUCUCUUCUAACAUUGGUAUGGGAGCUGAAUCAGAUACUGACAAAUGGGAAGUACCAGAGCAUUGAGCACAGGGUCACUGUUAAUCCUCACAAGGAGAGGAUAUCCAUUUCUGCAUUUCACCUCCCAAAGUUUGAUAUGAGUGUGGGUCCACCAUCUAAAAUAGUUGGAGGUGAACUCAAGAAAUACAAGACCCUGAGAGUGGACGAGAUUGCUAAGGUUGUUUUCUCCAGCAAACUUGAUGGGGAGAAAACCAAAGAGUAUGCCAUGUUCAGCAUCUGA